AUGGUUCGUCUGACAACUGCCGUUCUUCUCGUGCUUGCCUCUGUGGCAUACACCUACUCGAUUCCAGGAUCAAGAAUAUUUGAUCCCAAUAAUCCAACUGCCUCUGCUACAAAGGGAUCCCAAAUUCGGGUGGGAGUUUUGGCCACACAGACGAAACGUACCUGUAAAGAUGUGAACGCAGAGCUUGUGAAUAAAUUUAAACAACUGAAGAAUAGAUAUUCCGAAAAACUGUUUGGUCUUAAAACCUUUUUCACUCAGAUGAUUAUCGAAGACUCGUUUGUGGACCCCACUGCACUCGUUGAUGCCAGCAACAUCUGUAAGAACCCGAUGUUUACUGAUGCUGGAACAGGCAACUCAAAUUUUGACAUUGACCCGCAAGAUCUGCUUUUUGAAGAUGAAGCGCCAUGUGUUGUGGGCCAGUGGUCAAAGUGGGAGGGUCCGUAUGGUUUCGGUAAUAUUCGCAGAGAACGGAAGAUCUUGAAGAAUGGAUGUGGGUGUCCUCCGCCAGACGACCUCGUCCAGAUUAUUGAACUCAUGCCUUUCAUAACUGCCUUUUCGAAUUCAACAUCUGUUGGGGGCUUCAUCCAGAAUUGUUUUCUGGCGGGAAAUUGUCGGAAUGAGUCUAAACCACGUGACAUCCUGCUCAUCCUCGACUCCUCUGGCAGCAUUAAGAAUGAGGCAUUCGAAUACAUGCUGAAGGGUAUUAAACUGAUGAUUAAUCUGUUCUGCGGAGGGUUUGGAUCUCUGAAGACCAACAACCGUCUUGCUAUUGUCCAGUAUGCUAGCCGGGACCAGAUGGUUGUCGUCCAUCGAUUCAGUGAUAACCAGAACCCAGACUACCUGAGGCAAGUGGUGGAAAACAUGAAACACCUUUAUGGCAACACAUGUACCGGAACAGCUUUGAACCUGGCAGCUAAUGAAAUCUUCAGGACGCAGGCAGGAAUGCGCGACUACACGGCCAAGGACACUCUCCUGAUCACCGACGGCCAGUAUAACUGUGGUCUGGAUUUGACAAAAGGGGCCAACAGACUGAAGCAGGUCAGCAAAGUAUUUGCACUUGGUGUGGGUAUUGCCGGCAAUCCUACAGCAAGACAGGAGGUGGAAUCGGUGGUCACUACAAAGAAUUCCGCGCACAUCUUCUCACUGAACCGGUUCCGUGACUUCUAUGACAUGGUGCAAGAUUUGGAAACGAAGGUUACAAACAAGUGUGUACCCAUUAUUAACUAGAUGGUUACCUCUGGGUGAAUAACGGAAACUCAUCUUGGAUUGUCACAACCUACAGAUGCAGCAUUUUUACGUCACUCUUUCGAAAACCUAGGCAUAAUGAAUAAUGGUGCUUCGAUAUAAAGACGUUUUAAUAAUACAAAACAUUUUCUUUAA